AAACAAUGUCCCCAUAAUUGGCUGGCAAUAUCACUAGUACCAAUAUCAGCACACAAUAGUACUGCACAAUUUCAAAUACUGGCAAGUGGCUGGUGAUAGUUGCCCUCUGGCGGUUUAUAUUAGUCAAUUCCUGAAUGUAUAGCCCCCGUUUCAAACUGAUGCUCCACCAGCGUGACAAACUGAAUUCAGGCACAAAAUAUGUGCCUAUUAAGUACAUGAGUAGAACGCCGUCUGAAACAAUGAAGUACGCCUUGACAUGCUUUUGAAGCUAGCGCGCCUUCCUCUGCCGCUCCGAGCACCUCUGGUGCGCCUUGGUUUUAUAUGGCGCAUCAGCAGCUAACUGUACUUAAUACUGAUAUAUGCAAAUCAUAUGCUAACGAGCAUCGUGUGUCCCACAAUGCAACACUGAUCACCUGUUACCAUCAGAAUCAAUCAUGGCAGCGCCCACAGAGGAGCAACGAGGAGCAACCAAUUCUGAGUCUCAUACUUGUAGUUAAGCAUUUCAUGAAGAAAUUUCUUGUCGCCACAGUUCUCCAGUAUGAAAUCAAUUGGUUCAUGUAAUAUAAUGAAGUGCGGCUCUAACGCGUACUUCAUUUCAAUUCAGUUUGGCGCGCCGCUGGAGCAUCACUUUGAAACGGCAGCUUUACUGCCAUCAGACAUUCUUGUGUGAACUUCCACAAUGGCUUCGCUUCCAUUCACAAUGACCCCCAGAGGGUUUGAGCUCCCUAACUACACCACUGCCAAUACGACGUCUACCUUAUCACCCGACAUACUGGAGAUGAUAACGAGCAAGACUCUCACAGUUGCCCUCCCUAUUAUAUAUUUGGUAGUCUUCAUCAUCAGCAUACCCUUGAACACCAUUUCCCUUUGGCUGCUUUGCUGCCAUACGAAACGCAACAAUCCAACAAUAAUAUAUGCAAUCAACCUAUCUCUGACCGACCUCCUGUACAGCGCAUUUCUUCCCUUUCAAAUUAUCUACCACUUGAACGGCAAUGACUGGCCCUUUGGAGAUAUUGUGUGCAGGAUAUCCAUAGUCGCGUUCUAUGGAAACAUGUACUGUUCAGUUUUAACCACAUGCGCUAUAAGUUUGGAGCGCUACUGGGGGAUUGUACGACCGCUGCAAACGAAGCACUGGAGAACUUCGAAAGUUGCUGUUAUUGCCUGCAUUUCCAUUUGGCUUGUCGUGCUCAUCGCCCAUGUGCUAGUGUUGUACAAAGAUUUUACAUUUAGCAUUAAAGAUCUCAACAUCACCACAUGCUUUGACAUCGUUCCUAAAAAUCUAUUCAAGCCAAAAGUAACAGGAUAUCUGUAUUUCGCUGUACCGCUUAUUUUCUUCUUAAUUAUUCCCCUAAUUGUCAUUAUUGUCUGUUACACUUCCAUCAUUAAAACUCUGAAAGAUUCCCCAAACACAGAGACACAAGACAUCAAGAAGCAAACAAUGUGCCUGAUAUUGGUUGUGGUGCUUUGUUUAAUUGUCUGUUACCUGCCCAACAUCUUGCUUCAAAUUCUUCACAUGAUUUAUAAGUCCAGAGGCAAAAGUUUGUAUGUUUAUUACAAGUUAUGCCUCGGCAUCAACAGCCUGAACUGCUGCUUUGAUCCAUUUGUGUAUUACUUUGCUUCCAAGGAUUUUAGACGCAAACUUCAGAAAAAACUAUGCUGCUGUAUGCCUGAUGCUCAUGAUGAACCAACUACAUCCAAUCUGUCAGAACUAGCCAGGAUACCCAUAACAGGUCCUGAACUCAGUAGAGAUACUUGUUAGCAGAUUAUUUGUAACAGAUGCCGGACAAUAAUACAAUAUAUGAACAAACAAAUUACCUUACAAUGGCAAUGGACAUACAAGGAUGGUAUCAAUUAUGAACUGCAUUAAGAACACAUUAACUAUAACAAUUAAUCAGUUUAUGAAUGGAAAACAUAAAGUGCCCUGGAAAAAAAGUGUUGGACCGCUUCUACUGGUUUUGCUUGGUGGGACUAUUGUUGCUCAGUCUUCCCCAGUCAGAGCACCUGCUUUCUAAAUAUAUUGGUAUCAUUAAAGAGUAAUUGUCCACUCAUCAAAUUUUUGCAAAUGUUUAAAAUUAGCACUGUAUAAAAUAAAUAUUGUUUCCCCAGUCCUGAGAAAGCUUAACAAUUAUUUUACGGUUAACUGUUCAUAUGGUAGAUGUUACCCAUUUCCUGUCUAACUUGCAUUUUCUCAUUAUCUGGGGAACCUGCACUUUACAUAUGGUGGAGAAAUGUUUUCCUUUACCUGGAUAGCAUGCACUUUACCAUGACCUGAAUAACAUGCUGUUUCGCAUUAUUCAAGUAAUCUGCACAUUCCCUACUUUGGAGAAGCAUUUCCCUUUACCUGGAUAUCCUGCACUUUCCCAUUAAGCAGUUAACCUGCACUUUCCCAAUGCUAGGCAAAUGGUUUCCAUGACCCGGUUAUCCUGUGCUUUACCAUGAUCCUAAUAACCUGCACAUUCACUAUGCUGGAGAAGAGUUUCGAUUUACAGCUGUAAUACUCCCAGUGAUUGUAAUACAAAAUAAACAAGGAAACAUGUAUUAUAUAACAAUACAAAUUCACUGUGUAUAUUAACAUGUAUACCUGUUGUGUCAGUUAUCAUUGCAGAAACCCAUUUGUGCCUAUUUUUGAAGAGGGGAAGAUUAUAUAUUCAGAGAUACCAAGAUAUUUAGCAAACAAGUUGUCUGAGUUGUAAAACAGGAACAAGCACCAUAAACAACUAGGGGGAUGCCCAACACUUUUUUUCCAGAACAAUCAAUGUCUCAUUGCAAAACAGUCUGAAUGCAACCUGGACAUUUGAGCCUCCAAAGAAAAUGCAAGCUUCUUACUCUUCCAUGAAGCAUCUCAUACCUUAGUCUGGACCCGUUGGGAUUAUUGUGCUGUUGUAACUCAUUUAUUUUUAUGUUGUAUUUAUUGCUGGUAUUAAGAUUGUAAUUUGUACUGUCAACUGUAGCACUGAAAUCAAUGCAUAAUGUGUCAAUGCUAUUUUCUACUGUCUGUUUUUUCCUAUACACAAUGAGAACUGUUACUGUAGAAUCCUAAUGUUCAUUAUCCAUGUUCUACUACUGGCUUUAUGGUUUUAAUAAAUCUGCUUUUAACCACACAUUUGCUGUAUAU